ACUGUACAUUAUCGCAUUCAUUGAAUCUUCACCGUCAGAGCAGCAACAGCAGCAGCAGCAGCGUACGUUUACAGCAAUGGCCAAUUACAUUCACGUUCCAGAAGGUUCGCCUGUGGUUCCUAAAUUAGAUGUGACUCUAGAUGAGCACGAUUACAGAGCCGGAGCCCUGAAACUCAUCAAGACGCUGAGACCCCACUGGAAACCCUCAGAGGUCAAAAUGAAGUCUUUCACUGACGGCAUCACGAACAAGCUGAUUGGCUGUUAUGUCGGCGGGUCCUUGCAGGACGUGGUCCUGGUUCGGGUCUACGGGAACAAGACGGAACUGUUUGUGGACCGUGAGAACGAAGUGAAGAGCUUCCGUGUCCUGCAGGCGCACCGGUGUGCUCCACGCCUCUACUGCACCUUCAACAACGGCCUGUGCUAUGAGUUCCUGCAGGGGGUGGCCCUGGAGCCCGAGCACAUCCGCAGCCCUGCCAUCUUCAGGCACAUUGCGAGGCAGAUGGCAAAAUACCAUGCCAUACAUGCCCACAACGGCUGGGUGCCCCAGUCAGACCUCUGGCUGAGGAUAAGCAAGUACUUCUCUCUUGUUCCUACACACUUUGACGACCCUGAGAAGGACCAGAGGCUGAACGGUGAGGUGCCCAGCACUGAGUGUCUUCGAGACGAGAUGAUCUGGCUUCAGCAGAACCUUUCUAAACUGGGUUCCCCAGUGGUUCUGUGUCACAACGAUCUGCUCUGUAAGAACAUCAUCUACAACCAACUGGAAGGAAAUGUCAAAUUCAUUGACUACGAAUAUGCUGGGUACAAUUACCAAGCCUUUGACAUUGGGAAUCACUUCAAUGAAUUUGCAGGUCUGAAUGAGGUGGACUACACGCUGUAUCCUGGGCGAGAGCUCCAGUUGCAGUGGCUCCGGGCCUAUCUGGAGGCCUACAAGGAGUACAAAUCACAGGGCACACAGGUCUCCGGAACUGAAGUGGAGGUGCUGUACGUGCAAGUCAACCGCUUCGCCUUGGCAUCUCAUUUCUUUUGGGGACUCUGGGCAUUGAUCCAAGCUCAGUACUCCACCAUUGACUUUGACUUUUUGGGAUAUGCAGUUCUCCGUUUCAGCCAGUACUUCAAGAUGAAACCAGAGGUGAUGUCACUGCACCUUCCAGAAUAAUCUCUCAGACCUGGGCCUGAGCUUCUCCAGAGAAGGGCUCCCCCUGGUGGACACAAGAACUAGCUGGAGACCUCUUCAGUUUGUAGAAUGAACACUGCACUUACUUGUCUGAACACAUCAUUUUAGAUAAGCCCCACAUCAUCUCUGAACUCAAAGCUGGUUUAGCGUUAUAGAGAACCAAGCACCUAAGCCCUCCUCCUCGCUUUUAUGUGGCGGUCGAGAGAGAGACCCACCCCAGUGCCCUAGUCCGUUUUCAGUGAAGUGAAAUUGCCAAUUGAGGAAGCAAACCGCUCCUAUAGAUUGCUUACUCUAGAGCCUCAACUUGCCAAUGUAUGUUAAGAGAAGCCCUGGAGAAUCUCAAAUUAAGAAAAGCUCCCCAGAUACCCAUCCUCCAAGGACAGGGAACCUCUGACAACAAUUAUUAUCUGGAGACCGAGGAGGAGGGCAGCUGGGUCUGUUUUCAGCGACUAACUAUCACCCUAAAGGUCAUUCCAGCUUGUUUACACAACUUUUAAUGGGAGAAAUCAGUGUACUGUAAGAUAAUGUAGGCUUUACUGUAUGGGUAGUCACUGAUUCUGUCUAAACGGUGAACUUUGGGCCUGUCUGUUCCUACGAGGGUUGUUCCUGGCACAGCUGCAUUAAGAUGUGUAAUUCAGGGACCAAUAGAAGCUUCGUUGUUCGUCUCUGGCAGACGGUUCCUCCCUCGUCCUGUCACUGUGAACCACUGUAUAGAGCCUUCAUAAAGUUUCUCAUUGUUUUCCCAGCGUGGUGCUUGGAGAAAGUAGACGCACCGUAGCCGUGGCUACACCGAGCCGGUAGCUAAUCUGAAGCCCACACCAAAGUGCUGAUAUUUCUCGCUUGUACAUUAUGCACAGUGUAUUUUUUUCACGGUAGAAAUAACAUGUGGUAAUAUUUACAUUUUGAACGGUGGUUUUUGUACUUAUUUAAAUGGCGCUGUUAAAGAGGUCGCUCUUGAGACGUGUGCUUUUUCUGGGAGGUUUCGGUGAACUUUUUGUAAUGGAUGUAUUUCCUGGGAGCUUUAACGAAGGUAUCGCCUGCUGGACGCACUAAAGCUUUUGUAUUCGUAACCCCUGUCCACAUAGCUAAAUCAUAGGCCUUUUUGCACAAACUCUGAUUGCUUUAAGAACAAAUCAGUCCCCAGUUCACCUUGCUCUUUGAGCUUAAGCCUAAUUUUAAGUGCACAUAGUGGGAGAUUUUAGGCACUGCUUUAUUUUGCAGGGUCCCUGUUAAUAAAUUAACUGCUAUAGUAAAAACUAUUUUUGUGUAACCAAGUUACACAGCAAUGGUGUAGUAGUUUAUUAAUCCCAUAUCUUCCUUAGAAGAACCAAGGUCAGAAAUGAAUCUGAACUGAGACAAAAAUGGCCUAGAGAUGUUAAAUGUAAGGGCAAAUAAUGUCCUUGUGUAAAUUAAAUAAAUAUAUUUUUUUAUAUCUGUUAUACCACUGUUCAGAAGUUUGGAGUCAAUUCGAUUUUAUUUUAUGUAUGGAUCUAUGUAUUUAUUUAUUUAUUUUUGAAAGAAAUUAAUACUUUUAUUCAGUUCAUUUCUUUUUAUUCAUCAAAGAAUCCUGAAAACGUGUCGGAAAAAUGUCCCAAAAAAUAUUUAGCAUCACAACUGGGUUUAACAUUAAUGGAGAAAUGCCAUAAAAGGAAUGAAUAAAAUUUUAAAAUAUUUCAAAACUGAAAACAGUCCUUUUUGUAUUGUAUAAACUGUGACCAUAUUUUUGAACAAAUGAAUGCAGCCUUGGUGAGAUUAAAAGACUUCUUUUAAAAAUGUUCGAAAAUCUUCCUGACCCCAAACUUUUGAACAUUUCUCGCUUAUUUUUAUUUAAAGCUGAUCUAAUUUAGUUUUUUGACACCAUAGUUCCCAGUUAAAUCGACUGAUUCAUUAAAAAUCUUCGACAUCAAAUCUCUUAGAGAACAAGAGAAAGUAUGCCACUGAAAUCAAUUCCCCUUAGUUUCUAAAGCUGCGCAGUACAGAUGAACAAUGUAUUAUAAAAUGUGACCAAGAUUUAUUUAUUUUUUCUUUCUCCUAAGAAGUUUUCUGGUGCAAACCUCAGCUCUGAGACUUGCCUUCGCACCGCCUGGCUUCCCUCAUUUACCUCAGUUUCCUGUGUCAGUUUGCCUAUGCUACAAACAACCAUCUACAAUUCUGUAAAUACUAGAAACUGUGAAUUUCUGGUUGUUUUAUUGUAUUUUGACAUAUGCUUCUUUUUCAAUGCCAGUUCUUUUGUAGCUGUCAGGCUUGCACCUUGAUCACGAUUUUGAACUGUCAAAGACCACACAGAAUGCUACAUUUUACUUUUUCCUUUCUUCUUUUUUUUUUUUUUAGCCAGAAAUGUUCAUCAAACUAGAGUAGUGGAAAAUUUCUCUCUUUUAACAGUCUGUGAAGAUUAACUGAUUUCUUUGCACUUUUUAGCAUAUAUAUAAACCUCAAAGUGAAUGGUGGUUCCAACUUUCAGCCAGUAAAGUGCUUCUGGUGAACAGAAGAUGUACAGGACAGCCUCAUGCAAGCAUCUACUGGCGGUUUUUAGUGCAGGGGUAUAUGUACAACUGUAAACAAACUAAAAGAAAAUCUUUGCUUAUUAUUAAACAAUGUCUGUUGUUAAUAUCUAAACAGAGAUAUUCUUUUUCUAAGAACUGUUAAUAGGGUUAAAUAAUAGCCUGGGGAUGAAAUCCUGAAGUGUUGCAUUGUAGAUUAUGUAUCAAAUCCUUUGAAUAGAAAUAAAAUGUAACCAAUUA